GAUGGGUUUGGGGUAUCUCCGCCCUAAGUUGAGGCCCGAAUCUCUGGCAAGCAAUUAGCAAAGGCAAAGCCAAAGCCAAAGCCAAAGCCCAGAAGAAAAAAGAUCACCGCAGAGACCGCAGUUCGGGGCACCAAUUGCAAUUGCCCAGAAGAAAGAAGCUCUUGAAGAAAGAAUUGCCAUGAAGAAUGAUGAUGAAGAAAGCCAGGGGUAAAGGGGGCCAGAAGACUUUGAGGGAGAGCCUACUACUACCACAUACUGACAGAGAGGAAGACAGACAGAAGCGGGACUUAUCAGAGACAGAGACUGAAAACAGCGACUGCAAGUUGGAGAAAAGCAAUUCUGCGGCUGACGGUUUUUCCUAAGAAAAUUACAACUUGCGGGUAAACAAAGUCAACUGGCGGCACAACGCUCGCAGCAAAUAUGGGGGAAGCAGGGCCUGACUAGAAGAAUUGGCGAUGAAGCCACACGCCAAAGCCCAGCCCCAAGACCAAAUCCAAGUCCAAGACCAAGUCGAAGUCCAAGUCCAAGUCCAAGUCCCCGUCCCAGUCCAGUUCAGCCCAGCCUCUUAGCCUCCAAUUCUUCGCACAGACUUCAUGUGGAGUGAAGUGUGUUUCUGGGGGGAAUUUUGGAUGUGGAUUGUGGAUGUGGGUGCGCAAUUAUGCCGCCAGAGCAACUGGCUAACCAUAAAUUUUCUUAUCAGCACAAAAAGCAAAAGCCAGGAGCGGAUCUCUAAGCUAAAAGGGUAAAGAGAGAGAGAGUCUUAGGAGAGGUUAAGAUAUCGUUGUUAUCGAAAAUAGGGUUUAUAUUUAUCCAAUAUGUCAAAAACCAAAGGCCAAGAACGGAUCUCGUAGCUGAAAAGGGUAAAGAGAGAGUCUUAAGAGAGGUUAAGAUAUGGAUAUUAUUGAAAACAAGGUUUAUAUUUAUCCAAUAUGUCAAAAACCUAAGGCCAAGAACGGAUCUCGUAGCUGAAAAGGGUAAAAAGAGAGUCUUAAGAGAGGUUAAGGUAUGAAUAUUAUUGAAAAUAAUGUUUAUAUUGUUUCAAUAUAUCAAAAAUCAAAGGCCAGGAGCGGAUCUCUUAGCUGAAAAGGGUAAACAGAAGGUCUUAAGAGAAGUUAAAAUAUGAAUAUUAUUGAAAAUAAGGUUUAUAUUGUUCCAAUAUAUCAACUAUAAUAUCUUUAUACAAACUUACUUGCAUCAAAUAUUCAUUCAGUAUCGAAAAAUCAAUAUAUAUUCCCUUUUCUGUCAUUAAAGUAUACUCCCCCUCACUCAUUUCCCAAUACAUUCCCAUCUCAAAACUACAAAUUCAAACUGAAACCAUAAACAAAAACUCAAAUCGAGAGCGAAAACAAAGAAAUUACCAUGGAUCAGGAUACGGGCUUAGAUAAUCUACGUCCCAGGGACUAUCUAAUGGAACAGGAGACAGAUUUGAUAGCCAAUCUGCCUGAUUUCCAUAAGAUGACCCUGGCGGAUGUCGAUGUGAUUGUCCGCACUAUGACCAAUUGUAUAGAGCGUAAGGCAUCGCAAAUUAAUUACGAAUGGCAUACUCAGGAAGUGGAAAAGGAAAGCGACAAUUGUGGUCAGGAGUCGGAAGAAUUGACGAUACACAACCUGAUCGAGGAGGCUGUUUCCAUCACCGAAGAGGAUCCAGAGAUACAGAUUUUAAGGGGAUUGGACAGUCUCCUCAAUCGCAUCGAGAUUAUGCAGUGCGACAUACGAUUGCGUCAGAAAUUGGAGGGAAACAUUGAAUCGCAGUCAGAGGAUCUGUCCACAAUGCAGCGGGAUCAAGAGGAUAUGGAUAAAUGUCAGGGAUAUCCCCAACAUUUGGCCGAAGUCCGGCAAUUGCAGCGGGCACAGCAUCAAUUGCAAUGCCAAAUCACGGAGCUCUUGUGUCGCUACGGCAAUCUAAGGACCCAAAAACGUAACCUUACCCACCAAUGGAAUUAUGUUCAGAAAAAGACCGCAGAGAUACGAGACUUGAGCCACGAAUAUCAAAAAUGGAUGGAGGAUACCUCAGAAGAGAUUACCAAUUGCCGGAAACGCUCGCGACAAAUUCGUGCCACAAAACUAACCAAACAGUUGGCCAACGAGGUGACCGAAACGAAUAUAUUGAGUUCCUUCCGCUAUAGCCAGCGUUAUUUGUUUAAAAAUCUCAUCAACCGACACAUAAAAGAACUUAGUGCCGAGGUCCAAGAGAUACGGCGAUUUAGCGAAGAGCUUGUCGUCGAGGUUGAGAAGCGUCUGGGAUGGAUUGCCAAGAAGGCAGCCAAGAUGGAACACCUGCCCAAGAUACCAGAUGCUUCCGAUGCCAACGCUACUACUACUGAUGACCAGCCACAAUCUAAUCUCGAGCAGCAGGAUUUCCAGGGUACCAAGGAUACCCAGGAUACCCAGGAUACAGUUUCCACUUCCGCACCUGAUCAGGAAUAAAGAAAAUCCAAGAAUGUGCUUAGCAUUUCUGUUUUAACUUAAAUAAUAUCAAAAUCCUAAAAAAUGAUCUGAUGAUUGAUCAAUAAAGAAGGUUUGCUGAGAGAAAUUAAAGUUAUCAAGAAAAAUUAUUAAAGCUAAAAUUGGUUAUUCAAACUAAUCCAAAAGAAACACAAAUAACCUUUGAACAAAUUCCGCCCCUGUGAUCCAAGCACGAAAAAAAAGGAAAUAGUGUGGAAAUAGUGGGAGGAUGAUGUUGGAAAUGCGGGGAAAUACACAAACAUACACACAGAGAGAGAGGAAAAGCGAAAUAAGCCACCAGCACAUGGGCAGUACAUCAUUUUGGACUUUAUCAGCAGCAGCAACAGCAACAACAGCAGCAAUAGCAGCAGCAAUAGCAGC